UUAUCAAGAUAUUGUCAGUUUGAUAAGCAUGUAAGAAAAGCUUGGCGGCCUCGUAUAGAUGUGAUACGAAUGGUUAGUGGCUGCUACAUGCAAUAAAGUUGUGCUUGACAAUAUUGGAUUACAUUUGUAAUUUAUCAGGUAUACAAUAAUGGAGGAGAAACUUGUUCUGGCUCUUGUUGUUGUAUGUAUGUUAGCAAUUGCACAUGCGCAGUACACGGCUAUUGACCAGGAAUGGUUGAUGGAUGACCCUCACAAAGCUGACAGAUUACCGAUAUGGAGUCGGUUGCUAGGCAACGGAGGUUUCCGGUUCAAUCAGAGAGCUAGCACACGAUUUCCAACCUACAACACCAAAACAACAUCUGGGAAUUCAGCAAACAACUGGAUCCAGAAACUCCAAAAUAUGUAUAACAUUUACGUCUUGAGACAGUUACUAGGCAACAAUAUGGCAACAACUACAACAACUACCGUAGCGCCGCCAACACUCGGUGUCAAAACAAGUAAAGCUACCAAUAAUCCUUGGCUUAACUCGCUCAGAAAUUUCUAUACAAUGGCAGUUUGGAAUCAGUUUCUAAGUAAUCAGACUGGAUCAAAUAAAAAUGCAAAAUAAUUAUAAUCUGAUACAACAAUUAACCAGUGUAUAAAACAUGAUUAGUAUGGAUAGUGAUAAAUAACAAAA